GCGCCGCAUACCUACCAACUCCCCCGUCAGCCGUCACGCUCACGCCCCACGUCCGCGUCCGCCCAUAGCUGAACUGGGCCUGCCUUGCGCCGUGCACCGCUGCGGGCCGCGGCCGCGACUCCGUCCGCCAGCAAGAGCACACUAGAGCAGGGAGGGAGCAGGCAGCAAGGCGUGUGCUGGCGCGUCCACGCGGCGAAGCGGUCGGUCAUCAGGAUCUCCUCUGACGACCUGCUUUUUAGUCGCCAGCCCGGGCCCCUCCCUCUCGAAUCUCCUCCCCGCUCUCGCUUCGCACCGCGCCGUCGCGGCAGAGGAGGCAUCAUCAAUCGCCCGUCCGUGAUCUCCGCCGCAGCGCCCCGCGCGAGCGCGCGACCGUGCCUUCGGCUCCGCGACAGGCUUGCUUGCUUCCCCCGGCUCGGCUCGGUUCGCUUCUGCCGGCACCGCGGCCUCCCCGGAUCUCGGCCACCGCUCCUCGUCAGAGAAUUAGGAGACAAGGAUGGCGACUUAUGAGCCCAAGAACAUUCUCAUAACCGGCGCUGCUGGUUUCAUUGCAUCGCAUGUAGCCAACCGCCUGAUUAGGAACUACCCGCACUACAAGAUUGUUGUCCUCGACAAGCUCGACUACUGCUCUAGCCUAAAAAACCUCAACCCUUCACGGUCUUCACCAAAUUUGAAGUUUGUCAAGGGUGACAUUGCAAGUGCUGAUCUGGUAAACUACCUUCUGAUCACAGAGUCGAUUGACACCAUCAUGCACUUUGCUGCUCAGACACAUGUGGAUAAUUCUUUUGGCAAUUCCUUUGAGUUCACAAAGAACAACAUAUAUGGUACCCACGUCCUUCUUGAGGCUUGCAAGGUUACUGGUCAGAUCAGAAGGUUUAUUCAUGUCAGUACUGAUGAGGUGUAUGGAGAAACCGAAGAGGAUGCUGUGGUUGGCAACCAUGAGGCCUCACAGCUGCUUCCAACAAAUCCAUAUUCGGCAACAAAAGCUGGGGCUGAAAUGCUUGUGAUGGCUUAUGGUAGGUCUUAUGGUCUUCCUGUGAUUACCACUCGGGGGAACAAUGUGUAUGGGCCAAACCAGUUCCCUGAGAAACUCAUUCCCAAAUUCAUUCUUUUGGCCAUGAGAGGUCUGCCUCUUCCAAUCCAUGGAGAUGGUUCCAAUGUCAGGAGUUACCUGUACUGUGAGGAUGUAGCUGAAGCUUUUGAAGUGGUUCUUCACAAAGGAGAGGUUGGACAUGUGUAUAAUAUUGGUACUGUGAAGGAGAGGAGGGUGAUUGAUGUGGCCAAGGACAUAUGCAAGUUAUUUGGUUUGGAUACUGAGAAAGUCAUCAGGUUUGUUGAGAACAGGCCCUUCAACGACCAGAGGUACUUUUUGGAUGAUCAGAAGCUAAAGAGAUUGGGAUGGGCAGAGCGCACACCUUGGGAAGAGGGUUUGAAGAAAACAAUUGAAUGGUACACCACCAAUCCUGAUUACUGGGGAGAUGUAGCUGGUGCUUUGCUCCCUCAUCCAAGGAUGCUGAUGACUCCUGGAGUUGAAAGGCAUAACUGGACUGAGGAAAUCAAGUCUCUGUUUUCUUCACCAGCUGAAGUUAGCACUACAGCUCCUGCAGCCAGUACCAAAAGCACCACUAAUGCCCCCCAAAGUCCUUCCUACAAGUUCUUAAUCUAUGGUAGGACUGGGUGGAUUGGUGGCCUCCUUGGAAAGAUUUGUGAGAAGCAAGGAAUACCAUAUGAGUACGGGAAAGGACGCUUGGAGGAGCGCUCUCAGCUGUUGGAGGACAUUAGAAAUGUGAAGCCGACUCACGUUUUAAAUGCUGCUGGGGUCACUGGGAGACCAAAUGUUGACUGGUGCGAGACCCACAAACAGGACACAAUCCGGACCAAUGUUGUGGGCACCUUGAAUCUUGCUGAUGUUUGUUGUGAGCAGGGUUUGCUCAUGAUUAAUUAUGCUACAGGCUGUAUAUUUGAGUAUGAUGCUAAGCACCCUGAAGGGUCUGGUAUUGGCUUUAAAGAGGAAGACACACCCAACUUUAGAGGUUCUUUCUAUUCUAAAACUAAAGCAAUGGUGGAAGAGCUAUUGAAGGAGUAUGAUAAUGUGUGUACUCUUAGAGUCAGGAUGCCUAUAUCAUCAGAUCUAAGCAACCCUCGUAACUUCAUCACAAAGAUAGCUCGUUACGACAAGGUGGUGAACAUUCCCAACAGCAUGACAAUUUUGGAUGAGCUUCUGCCUUUCUCCAUCGAGAUGGCGAAGCGGGAUUGCAGGGGCAUAUGGAACUUCACCAACCCUGGCGUCGUCAGCCACAAUGAGAUUCUGGAGAUGUACAGGAAAUACAUCAAUCCUGACUUCAAGUGGACCAACUUCACACUUGAAGAGCAGGCCAAGGUUAUAGUUGCUCCCAGAAGUAACAAUGAGAUGGACGCAUCGAAAUUGAAGGUUGAGUUCCCUGAGCUGCUGUCCAUCAAGGAUUCUUUGAUAAAGUACGUCUUUGAGCCAAACAGGAAGGUUCCUGCUAAUUGAGGAUUUAGGGUAGGAGGUGUUGAGGUCAUUUGUCACGCAUCGUGUUUUACACGUAUAGAUGUUCUUUACAGUGGCCGAUGUGCCGAGACCUGGUUAUCGAUGAGAUCAUGGACGCUUCAAACUGACUUAUUUCAUCAUUAUACAAAAUGUCAAGUGCAGCUCUUUUACCUUGUGUUA